AUGGUUGAGAUUGACUACGGCCUAUGCGGUGAUCAAAUGAGUGAUGACCAGCUGGGGUUGGAAUUGGAGUUUGCAGUCUGCACGAUCUGGAGCUCUGAGGGCCUCAUUGAUGCCAGCGACACCCCGCACUUUGUCAGCAUCAUGACCAUGUUUCGUCCUGCACUGUCUCAAGAAUCUAGAAUAUGGAGAGCAUGGAUGGAAGUAGGUAAAGUUUAUGCAGGUUUUAUCCACAUGGGUGAUUAUGACCUUGCAUAUGAAGGGAGGCGGUCAAUGCGUGUUCUGAGGCAACGUCCUCUCUACCUGAGUCCAUCGUGGAAUCUGAAUGUGGGGUUGAACGCUGGCUCAUAUCAUCAACCGACAUCGCGGAAAAUACUGGAUUCAAGAGUUGAGAAGGCUAGGGCUCAGUUCCCAGCUUUGGCAAAAAACCAGAUCUUUGGCGACAACGCUGGUGGAAGUCAAGUGCUUGGCACAGUCGCAAAGAGCAUCUCGGAAUAUCUCGUGAACAACAACGUGCAACUGGGGGCAAGCUACAAAACCUCCAAGAUCUCAACGGAGACUUUCGACAAGGCGUACAAAGUUGCCGCCGAUUAUGUUAAUGCCGAUGUCGGUGAAAUCGGUAAGGGUCAUCCAUCACCCCACGCCCAGAUUCAAAGGGAAGGGCCCAACAUCCAUGCUUUCCGUAACCUUGCAGCAGCUCUAAAGUUGAAGGCUGGUGAUGAAGUUAUUCUUUCCGAAGUUGACCAUGAGUCUAACAUUGACCCUUGGCUCCACUAUGCAACUCUCGCGGGCGCAACGGUGAAGUGGUGGGCGCCUUCUGAUCACUCAAACCCCAAACUCGAUGUGGUGGCACUUCGGAACCUCUUGACACCGAAGACUCGUUUUGUAGCUUGUACACACGCCAGUAACAUCCUGGGAAGCAUUCAUGAUAUCAAGGCAUUUGCAGAUGUUGUGCACGAAGUCCCGGGGGCCCUGCUCUGUGUCGACGGGGUUGCUUAUGCGCCGCACCGUGCGAUUGAUGUAAAGGAGAUUGGGGCUGAUUUCUAUGCGUUUUCAUGGUACAAGGUAUACGGUCCGCACAUAUCUUUGCUAUACGGAUCCUUCAAGGCACAGGAGCAGCUCCAGUCACUCGGACACUACUUCAAUCCGUCUGGAACUUUGAUGGACAAGCUUGAGCUGGCUGCGGCUAGCUACGAGCUCACACAAGCGGUCAUGCCGCUGGUGGCAUAUUUCGGAGAUAACCCAAAGCAGACCUGGGCUGAGUUUGCUCAGCACGAAGAAGUCUUGCAGAAGCAUCUUCUCGAGUUUCUGAAGUCGCGGCCUGAUGUAUCCAUUCGAGGCGACGUUUCUUCUGCAGCUUCAACCCGGGUUCCCACUGUGAGUUUUACCGUAAAGGGAAAAUCAUCUCAAAGCGUCGUAGAGGGAGUCGAGGCCCAAUCCAUUGCUGGGAUUCGGUGGGGUCAUUUCUUCUCAAAGCGGCUGGCCGAGAAAAUCCUCGGUCUCGGCGAAGAUGGCGUUGUCCGAGUGAGUUUGGUGCACUACAACACCGAGGAGAUUGACGUGAUUAUCGAGGCUCUGAAGAAGAUCAAGUCGAUCUCAGUAGACAUGAAGUUGCAAGAUAGAUACAUGAACUCAGUAAUGGAGAUCAUGUGGUGUAAUGAAGCAUUACCGUUUACGGAUCAAUCUUCCAAAUUCUUUGGUAUCCAAUUCCUGGACGCCGAAACCCGCUAG